AUGAGAAUGCGGAGCAGCCUCGUCAUCCUCGUUUUAGUACUCUGUGCCCUGCUUGCAUGCGCAGAUGCCGCCCAGAUUCCCGCAAAGCUCAAUUACAACAGGAAGGACGACCAGAGUCCCCUGAUUAUCACCAAAGACAGCGGCUCAGGUGGCGAUAGCUCAGGAAAGAGCAGUGAUCUGCGGACCGAGAACGCAAUCGCAGAUGAAGUCCGGUCUGCACCCGAUAUCUCUGCCGGCGCGAGAGCAGUGCGACUUGCUGCGCAGCUCAAGGAUGAAGCGAAAGCAGUCUGGUCGUCGUCUACAUCACUCAAUGCGCUGGUUUUGGAGUUAUCCCAGCGAUUGAACGGCGGCCGGACAACAUCGCAGCAGCCCAAGACGGUGCCGUCGCGGAGCGAACAGAAUGAGAGGGAGAUGCUUGCGAAUAUAGGUCGCAAGCAGACUAAGGCUGCGCUCGUUCCUAGACUUGUUCCUAGAGCAGCCAAUGGAACUAGUAGCAGCAGUGGCAGCAGUAGCAGUACUUCAGCAGAGUCGUCCUUGUCUCAGACACCGCUGUCGACUAGUCUCCUCGUUUCUACUAUCCAGUCGGCAGGGCGGCCUGUUUCGACGUUGACUAGUACCACUGUUAUCUACGCGCCGCGGGUAUCUAUUACCAGUUCAAGCACGGUCGAGACCAGUUCGAGUAGCGUGGCUAGUACUUCUCUGUCGCUGCAGACUGGAGAGACGAAUUUGGCUCUGAGGGUGGGAGCGAAGAAGGAUACUGUGCUCAGCGCGAUUUUUGUCGCUGGCGGAGCGGCGGCUGGAGUCAUGUUGAUGUGA